CGCGUCAUAAGUAGCUCAACUGGUACCUUAGCAAAGCCGUAGAGCUGGCGUAUCGCCUCUUUGUAUUUCGUAGGGAUUUCAUCCCCCGGUUAGUGGGUAAAGUCUAGAGGGGGGGUGCAGGAGGCAUGAGAGUGAAGCUUGGUGGGGAAAAUCACUCGCUAAAAACAGACUUACGAAGGCGGCGGGCAUUAAAAUCAGUUCAACUCGCUAAGCGAGGAUUUGGGAAGUCUAGGGGCUAUGCGGUUAUAAAUGUCUCGCAAUUUCUCCCUAAAAUUAAUCGUUAUAAAAAUCUUGGAAAAGAUUAAUGUGCUAUUUUUCUAUUAUAUAACACUCUUAUGGAAAGUUUUAGGCGUUGCGUUGGGGAUUAGUGCGACUUUCCGCACAAGGCAAUUUUGGUGUUCUUGCGCGCACUCUGUAGAUGGACGAUUUUCAACGCCCGUCGCCUUCGUAUGUCGGCAGGCUCGUAAGCAGAUCUCAAGAGGCGCUGUGAGAAAUUCGCAAGGUAUGAGAAGAUCUUUAAGGGUAAAUAGCGCUCUUAGCGAAGCGAUAAUAGCGCUAAGUAAUUACUGUAGGGUUCUUUAGCCAGGUGUCCCUUGUAAGUACGGGGGAGAAGCCCUAAAACGUUAUGAUACCCUCUGCCCCGUAUAAGCGUGUUUUAG